GGUGGUGGUGGUGUAAUGAUUGUACAGAGUUCUUUUAAGUUCUGCCUGCAAAUACCCUAUUUAAUCAGUAGAAAUGGAUUCAUGCUACAGGGUGACGUUGGGGUGAAGAAGGAGGCAUCAGGGUACAAGUAACCCCCCAUUCCUAUACAUAGAGACUACGCACCUCACAAGUUUGACUAGCAAUAACAUUGCUGCACACUAGGAGGGGAGAAGAGCCAGUUCUAUAGUGGGAACAAACUCUACCACUGCACAAAAGCGGCUCCUUUUAAAAAUUUCCCGUUUGCAAACCAAUAAGUUAUUGAGAAGAACUUGGGCUACGCGAACCUUCUUCUCAUUUCUACUGUCUCUUCUUGCGGCGGAAGAGGGACGGAGAAAAGGACCCUGAGGAAUUGAGGGGGUGGGCUUUAUGCCUAGUUCCUAUACACACAGACUAUAGUCCAGGUUGUCUGCUUCGGUGACAACGUUUCUACAUUACUGUUAUUUCUGUGGAGAGAGACCUUGCUAAGACUUGCACUUUUGGUAGAAAGCGCGCGUGUGUUUGUGUGUGAGUGAAAAGAGGGGGGCGGGAAAGAAAAGGCAACCUCGUUGCCCAUCAUUCCCUUGCACCGUCCAAGUCAUUGCAAACCCUCUCUGUACAUCCUUCCCACCACCACCACCUACUCCGCCCCCCCCCUCCCCUCCUGCUCUCAGCUGGGUUCUGGCGUUAGAGCAAUUGCAGCUUCUGGUAGCAAUACCACUAGAAAGAGGGGGAAAGGACUAACCUUCCCCCUUUUCCCUCCUCCCCCCACCCCGCAAAAAAAAAAUAACAAAAAAAAAAAAAAACCUGACACAUUUCCCUGUUUGCAAGUCUCCAGGAUCCCCUCCCGUCCCCCCACCCCCCUCCCCAUUCCUAACCUCCUUCUCCCAGCACCCUCCACCCUACUAGCUCAGAUCAAAGCGUCUCUCUCCCUCUAGUCGCUCACAGUGGCCGCCGCUCACUAAUGGGAUUGCAGGCUGGUGCCUGGCUCCGCUGCUGCUGCUGCCGCUGCUGCUGCCGCCGCCGCCGCCGGAGGGAGAGUCGCUGUCAGCUUUCUCCUAGACUCGCCGCGCCCGGGUGCUGAAGCCGCGGGGAUGAUCAGAAUCUUCCCGGAUUUCAGCGUGCAGGUGACGGCCGCAGCAGCCGGCGGGGCAGCUGCUGGGGUGCCGGCCGGGGCAGGUAUGGGAAGAGCUACCACUGCAGCCAACGGCAACCCGCAAAACGUCCAGGGCAUCACUUCCUACCAACAGCGAAUAACUGUCCAGCAUCCUCUGCCCAACCAAUCAGAAUGUAGGAAAAUCUACAGAUAUGACGGCAUCUACUGUGAAUCUACCUACCAGAAUUUACAAGCCUUGAGAAAGGAAAAGUCCCGAGAUGCUGCUCGCUCCCGUCGGGGAAAGGAGAAUUUUGAGUUUUAUGAACUGGCUAAACUAUUGCCACUUCCUGCAGCCAUCACCAGCCAGCUUGACAAGGCGUCCAUCAUCCGACUUACAAUUAGCUAUCUGAAAAUGAGGGACUUUGCAAAUCAAGGAGAUCCUCCAUGGAAUUUGAGAAUGGAAGGACCUCCACCCAAUACUUCAGUAAAAGUUAUAGGUGCCCAACGAAGGAGAAGCCCUAGUGCUCUAGCCAUUGAAGUAUUUGAGGCACACCUGGGAAGCCACAUUUUACAGUCCCUGGAUGGAUUUGUAUUUGCACUAAAUCAAGAAGGAAAAUUUUUGUACAUUUCAGAAACUGUCUCCAUCUACCUAGGCCUCUCCCAAGUGGAACUGACAGGCAGCAGUGUGUUUGACUAUGUCCACCCAGGAGACCAUGUGGAAAUGGCAGAGCAGCUGGGCAUGAAGCUUCCGCCCGGACGAGGUCUCCUCUCACAGGGGACAGCAGAGGAUGGAGCCAGCUCAGCGUCUUCAUCUUCUCAGUCUGAGACCCCUGAGCCAGUGGAAUCAACAAGCCCCAGCCUACUAACCACUGACAACACCCUUGAGCGCUCCUUUUUCAUCCGAAUGAAAUCGACUCUGACCAAGCGCGGAGUUCAUAUCAAAUCGUCAGGAUAUAAGGUGAUUCACAUAACAGGCCGAUUACGUCUAAGAGUGUCCUUGUCCCACGGUCGGACAGUCCCCAGCCAAAUCAUGGGUCUCGUAGUGGUUGCUCAUGCUCUGCCUCCUCCUACGAUCAAUGAAGUCCGAAUCGACUGCCACAUGUUUGUUACUCGAGUAAAUAUGGACCUCAAUAUCAUUUACUGUGAAAAUAGGAUUAGUGAUUACAUGGAUCUGACCCCUGUAGAUAUUGUAGGGAAAAGAUGUUACCACUUCAUCCACGCCGAAGAUGUGGAAGGAAUCAGGCAUAGUCACUUAGACUUGCUGAAUAAGGGUCAGUGUGUGACUAAGUACUACCGCUGGAUGCAGAAGAACGGAGGAUAUAUUUGGAUACAGUCUAGUGCUACCAUAGCUAUUAAUGCCAAGAAUGCAAAUGAGAAGAACAUCAUCUGGGUCAAUUAUCUCCUUAGUAACCCAGAAUACAAGGACACUCCAAUGGAUAUUGCGCAACUCCCUCAUCUGCCAGAGAAAACCUCUGAGUCCUCAGAGACCUCGGAUUCUGAAUCAGAUUCUAAAGACAACUCAGAGGACAACGAAAAUUCCAAGUCCGACGAGAAGGGGAACCAAUCGGAGAACAGCGAGGACCCAGAGUCGGACCGGAAGAAGUCCGGCCAUCAGUCGGACAACGAAAUGAACUGUAACGACGACGGCAACAGUUCCAGCAAUCAGGACAGCCGGGACAGCGACGACAGCUUCGAGAACUCGGACUUUGAGACCCAGAAGGCCACCGAAGACAGCUUCGGCACGCUGGGCUCUAUGCAGAUCAAGGUGGAGCGCUACGUGGAGAGCGAGACGGACCUGCGGCUGCAGAACUGCGAGUCGCUGACCUCGGACAGCGCCAAGGACUCUGACAGCGCGGGCGAGGCAAACGCGCAAUCUUCCAGCAAGCACCAGAAGCGCAAGAAGAGGAGGAAAAAGCAGAAGGGGGGCAGCUUGAGCCGCCGCCGGCUGUCCAGCACCUCGAGCCCCAACGGGCUAGACGGCGCGCUGGUGGACCCGCCGCAGCUGCUCUCGUCACCAAACAGUGCCUCAGUGCUCAAAAUCAAAACUGAGAUCUCAGAACCUAUCAAUUUUGAUAACGAUAGCAGUAUUUGGAAUUACCCGCCCAACCGGGAAAUCUCAAGGAACGAAUCGCCCUACAGUAUGACCAAGCCCCCCAACUCCGAGCACUUCCCUUCCCCCCAAGCCAGCAGUAGUUUACACGUCUCCAUUCCAGACUCUGUCCUCACCCCGCCGGGGACCGAGAACACUGCCAGCCGCAAAUCUCAGUUCAGCACCUCAUCCAAUUCGGCCUUGGCCCCCGUCUCCUCCGACCCCCUGUCGCCCCCGCUGUCCGCGUCCCCCCGGGACAAGCACCCCGGCGGGGGCGGCGGCGGGGGAGGCGUCGGGGGCAGCGGGGGCGGCGGGGGCGGCGGGGGCGGUCCCAGCACGUCUUCCAACUCUUUGUUGUACACUGGGGACCUGGAGGCCCUGCAGAGGCUGCAGGCGGGCAACGUGGUGCUGCCUCUGGUCCACAGGGUCACGGGCACCCUCUCCGCCACCAGCACGGCCGCCCAGAGGGUCUACACCACUGGCACGAUCCGCUACGCGCCCGCAGAGGUUACUUUAGCCAUGCAAGGCAACCUGCUCCCCAACACCCACGCGGUGAACUUUGUCGACGUCAACAGCCCCGGCUUCGGGCUGGAUCCCAAAACACCGAUGGAGAUGCUCUACCACCACGUCCACCGACUCAAUAUGUCGGGACCAUUCGGGAGUGCAGUGAGCGGGGCCAGCCUGACCCAAAUGCCGGCAGGGAACGUGUUCACCACGGCCGAGGGACUUUUUUCCACUCUUCCAUUUCCUGUGUACAGCAAUGGUAUUCACACUACACAGACUCUGGAGCGGAAAGAGGAUUGAGACAUGACCACAUUACUGUGUUUCCAGUGUUAUACUCUCGAGGCAUAGACUAUGUUUUAAUUUAGACCCUUAAUUCUAG